GAGAACAACUCUUUUCUCGUUUAUCCAACGGGGAAGCUCCUUCCCUAGCGCGGCGGGCUGCCUUGGAGCCCGAUGCUCUCUUCCACCAAUGAAAAAGCUGUAGACAGGUCCAACGCCAACGAGGACAUCGCCUCACCCAAUCAGGCCUCGUACAUUCUUUAUGACGGACUGAACUGGGUCUCGUUUGUGUCCUCGCACCCAUUCGAGGUCGUCGCCGUCUCGUCCACCUCUGCUGCUUCUAACCCACACGCAAACAGAACACCGCAGCGACGGCAGUACGGAAACGGGGAAGCGGUGGCGAAGGAAAGUGCUGCUCUUGUUGCGGCGCAGCUGCCGCGCGUUGCCCUUUCUACCAGCCGCUCGGCGUUGCGGAAGGCACUCCCAGCAAGCGAGACGCCUCGCAUCCCUGCCAACAAGGAGCUCGCGACAGAGAAAUGCUACGUUGCCUCUCUGUGGUGCCUGCAGUUCUCCACCUCGUACAAGGUGACGCUGACUUCGCAAACGAAAACACCUGAGAAAGAGGCUCCCAACUCGGCUGUGACGCAGCUCACCUUCCAAACGCUCGAUUUCCGUCUCCCGGUGGACUUGCGCGAGCAGUCGCCACACAUCGUGGAGCGCGGUAGCCUGCUCUUUCACCCCGAGUUUGUGCAGUGCAUCGCGGCGCAGGGAGAAAGCGAAUACCUCUUUUACCUGCCCACCAACCCGCUAGACGCGCGAACCGCAUUGCCGUUCAUGCACGCCCUCUGGUACCACGGGCUCUUCACGCUGCCUCAGCCCAUUCCGUGCGGCCCGCAAAGCACGCUUCUGCUCCUUCUUCUCCCGAACAGUGAUGAGCGCUACGUGCUGGACCUCGCUUCCCCCGCACGGCACAACACCAGCGGUGCUCCCGUGGAGAGUCAUCCACUGACACGCCAACGAGCCGAUGGGCAAACGGAUGCGACGGGGGCGGCAAACGACGGCGGCGAACUGCCAGAAGCACGAUUUUACCCCUGGCGCGGGCACAGCAAAGUACGACGCGUCAUUCGGGCCGGCACCUACACGGUCGUGGUGCGCGACGACGCAGCUGGUGUGACGGGCAGUCUUCAGCGCGCCUACGAGUACCACCUUGUCCAGCACGAGGCUUCGUGGCUCGACCCGGCCUUUAUUCGUUUGAUGGGCAGCUGCUGCGAGGCGGCGCCAUCGCAGGACACGUUUGGGGUGCGUCUUGUGUGUGUCGAGCUGGUGGACGAGGCAGCUGCGGAGGUGGUCGCGGGCUGUUGUGGUAUGGCCAUCGGCAGCGUCUACCACGACUACACGAUGUACACCGUGCGGCGGUGCAAGGACAGCCUCGGUACCUUUUUGACGAAGCUGCUCGGGGAGGCGCUGCAGCGGUGCGGCUACACGCUUUGGUACUGGGGACUGCGUCUUGGGUACAUGGCGGAGUAUGAGAAGCACUUCGGUGCGGUGGCCAUGUCACGUAAUGAAUUUUACGCCCGCUGGUGCGCCGCACGCGAUGUGGCACCGGCGUGUGCAGUGGAGACGUACUUGAGGAGCAGCAAAGGUAUGGUGCUCUACACCUCAAAGGCAGUUUAA